AUGUCUGAGUGGCAGCCUGACCAGGCUGGUCUCGCCGAGGUGCUGCAGCUGCUCGCGUCGAGCCAGUCGGCGUCGAACGAGACGCACCGCGCCAUUCAGCAGCGCCUCGCCUCCUUCAACGCAUGUGUCCCGGACUUCAACAACUACCUUGCGCACAUCUUUGCUCACCGCGCCGACCAGCAAGGCGCUGUGCGGCAGGCGAGCCGUCCCACAUUUGCAAGCGUCGCCACCGCCUUCGCCACCGCCGUCGCCCCUGCCACCGUCACCUGCCUGCCACCGUUUCCACCACUCCUGCCCACUGCCCCGCUCUCUCAGAUGGCCGGGCUGGUGCUCAAGAACAACACGGCGACCGGCACGGGCGCCGACCCGGCGAGCUUGCAGGCCGCAGAGGGCUCUCUCGCGGCCCUGGCAAAGGCGCGCGAGAAGGGGAGAGUGUGCGAGGACAGCUGUGAGCAGCUGGAGCCUCUCGAGCAGCUGCUGCCCCAGCUGCUGGCUGCCCUCGACGCCGCCAAGGCGGACCCGUCGGAAGACGUCCGCCGGCUGGUCUGCCAGGCGCUGGUGCUGCUGCUCGAUGUAGCCAUCGAGCAGCUGGAGCCUGCGAUGCCGCAGCUGGUGACCUUCAUGCUCUCCGCCUCGGCCGACGCCGACAAGCUGGUCGCCCUCGAGGCGAGCGAGUUUUGGUCGUCGCUCUGCGAGACGCGCUGCGCCGUCUCUGCCCUCAGCCCCGCGCUGCCACACCUGAUACCGCUGCUGCUUCGCAACAUGGCCUACUCAGAGGUGGAGCAGGCGGAGCUUCUCGCGACGGGCGAGGAGGACGAGAGCGAGGCGGAUCGGCCCGAGGACAUCAAGCCGCGCUUCCACAAGUCGCGCCCCGCUCACUACAGCGGCGGCGGUGGCGGGGGGGGAGAGGAGGACUACGACGACGACGACGACGACGACGACGACGACGACGGCGCGACGCGUCUUGCGUGCGAGGAGUGGCCGGUGCGCGAGUCGGCGAUCCUUGCCCUCGGGGCCAUCUCGGAGGGCUGCGAGGCGGGCAUGGCCCCGUUUUUGCCGCAGCUGGUGCCGUGGCUGGUGGAGACGCUGGACCACCCCACGUCCCUCGUCCGCUCGAUCACUUGCUGGACCCUCUCGCGCUAUUCGCGCUGGAUCUGCGAGCCGGGGCGCGAGCCCGCCGCCUACCUGCAGCCGCUGCUGCGUGGGCGGCUACGCCGCGCGCUUGACCGCAGCGAGCGGGGAAGGGCUGCCAAGAACCUGCUCAUCCUAUACGACGCUGUUGGCACGCUUGCGGACGCCGUCGGUGCCGAGCUAGCCGCGCCGCGCCACGUCGAGAAGCUCGUCCCGCCGCUGCUGUCCCGCUGGGCCGCCUUGGCGGACGACGAUCGCGCCACCUUCCCGCUGCUCGAAUGCCUCACCUCCCUCGCCCAGGCGCUCGGCCUCGCAUUCCAGCCCUUCGCGCAGCCCGUCUACGAGCGGUGCUUGCAAGUCAUCGCCGGCGUGUUCGCCGCCGCCGCCGUCCAUCCACACUUCCCUUCGCACCGCGCCUCCCCACGCCCCCGAUUGUGCGACGUUGCCAAGGCGUGCCACACGCCACUGCUGCCCGUGUUGGAGGAAGCGUCGGAGUGCCUCGGUUUGUUGCUCGGCGCUCUCAAGCCGGAGAACCAUUCCGUGUGCAACAACGCCGCGUGGGCCAUUGGCGAGGUUACCGCCAAGGUCGGACCCGCCAUCGCGCCCUACGUCUCCGCGAUCCUGCAGCACCUGAUUCUGAUCAUCACGCGCCCUGCGCACGAGGUCGGCAAGCCGCUCCUCGAGAACAGCGCCAUCACCAUCGGCCGCCUUGGACGCGCCGCGCCACAGGUGGUGGCUCCUUCGCUCGAGACGUUUGCGGGCCCGUGGCUGCAGACGUUGCGCGGCAUCCGCGACGACGAGCACGCCUUUCACGGGCUGGUUGAGAUGUUGCGACUCCACCCUGCCGCCGCGAUGGGGUGCCUUCCGCUGCUCUUCGCCGCCAUCGCCUCGUGGGACGAGGUGCCCUCCGGCCUGAGCGAGCCGCUCGGCGCCGUCGCGACGGGGUACAAGGCGCAGGUCUUCUACCGGAUGGAGCGCGACGGCGAGGGCUAUUUCCCUGUGCCCAACCAGGCGGCCCGCUGCCUCAAGCCGCGCUUCGGCAUGACGGACGGCUGGAUCGGCGCUGAGGUGCUCGAAGACGGUCCCGGCGGAGAUGCGAGUCUAGUUCGCGUCAAGCACUCGCACGCACUGUGGUCGGACCGGUACGGCCAGACGCUGGACCCGCAGCGGGAGCCGGCAGAGCGCGACAUGGUAAUGAACUACCCGCGCACCGAUGUGCGCAUGCCGCCAGCUGCGCCGUGGUCGCCGGCGCUUUCGCUGCUCGUGGUGCGCUGGGGCGGCGAGGAGACCGAGUUCAACGUGGAGCAGUGGGGCUCCGCGAGCGCCUCGACGUCGUCAGCGUACGUGAGCGCGUUCCUGGACAAGACCGUCUACCCGACCCUCGGGCCCGACUAUGAGGUCAUCUCUGUCUUCGUGACGAGCGGCCUGGACAUGGCCAGGCUCGGCCCGGCGACGGUCUGCGCCAUGAUGCGCGGGCGGCAUCGCGCUGGGUGCUACUUCCUGUGGCCGGUGAUGCACCAGGACGGGGAGGUGCACGAAUCCGGCAUGCUGGAUCAAUCCGCCUACUUUGACGCCGUCCGGAUCUUCGAAGCGGCUGGCGUCUGCACGCGCUUCCCGCAUCCGAGCCAGCUCUACCGCACGCUGCUUGCAAAGGAUUGGCAGCCGAGCCUCUGCCUCGUCCCCUCUCUCUGCAUCCCGCCGGCCGUGACAGUCAACCGCGCCACCAUCUGUGCCUCUCCCUCCCGCGCCGCCAAGUUGUGUGUCGAUGCCCUCGCGACGGUGCGCGCGGCCCGCUACCGCCGCGGCAAGAAGCGGCGCGAGCCCGAAAGCCUGCGCGUCGAGGGCGCGGAGUCGCGCCGCGGCGUUGCCAAGCUCGGCUUCGCGUGGGAGGCGGCGCACGUGCGCAUCUUCCGAGGAGAGCAGCAGCUGGCAACCGCACUGCUCGACAUCAGCACGACUCCGGCGGUCACCGGCAGCGCGGUCAUUGUGCAGGACUUCGCAAGGAAUGACUUCGAGCUGCGCCAGUUCGUGGUCGACGGGCGGAUCGUGCACAAGGUGUACUCCAACUUUGUGUGGGUCGACGCGGACGGCUACAUGCGCGAGUUUGUGGUCAAGGACCGCGCCGAGGCGGUGCAGGCGUGGCUGUGCGGCGACGAGGAGGCGAUGGCGCAGGCGGCUAGCGAGAUGGCGGAGCACAAGGCUGCCAAGCUGGUCGCCGCGUGGUUGGCGUGGUUCAAGACCCAGUCGGUGGAGGCGCUGCCGGGCGUGCGUGUGGACGUCCUCGUGCGGCGCGUGCGGCAGGGUGCGGCGGAGGUCUUCACGCUGGAGCUGACGGAGCUCGGCUUCUCGAUGCUGGGAGUGGAGACCCUGCCCCCCCGCGUCUUCGGCGCGCUCCUCAGAUCCUGCUUCGACGACACGGGCCCCACGUCGGAGGAGCGCACGCGCAUCGAGCGGGGGGAGAAGAAACAGCGACCCGCAUCCCCGGGCGGCGACGCGAAGUCCGAAGUCACAUGAACAUGAUGGUGAUGGCGACACCUGAGUGAGUAACGUUGAGUAGCCAGGCGCGGGGAUGCCUUGGGGCCCAUUGGCCCCCGCUUCCGGGUUAUUGCGUAUCGUAUGGUUCGAGCAUCGAGGAGGAGUGACCUCAAGAGAGAUGUGAGAGGAUCGCUUGUAUACCGAGAGGGUACCGCCGAUAUCUCCGCGUAGAGCGUAGUGUCGCGCGGCCGUCUCCGACGCGUCACCGGCAGCGGGAGCGGCGAACGGCGGGGAGCGCGCGCCACAGAAAUUCAAAUUGUGUCGUUUGAUAUACUC